AUGGCCCCGAGAAAGCGUAUCAAGCUAGACACAAGCGUCAGCCAAGAGGCUGAAGCUGCGCUGGAAUAUCCUGGCGACUCCAAUGAUCCAUCAAGCUUUAUUGCUUGCCACGAAGUUGAAAGCAAGACAGCCGCGUAUCUGGGUUACUCGAAUACCGAAGACAAGCUCCCCAAGUACACCAGCGCCCGUGUCGCUUUCAAAAUCCUCAACGACGAUCUCGAAUCGUACAAGAACAUAUCCGAUGCGGCCGCCGCAUUCCCUCUCACAGGCGACAAUGCACGACAGAGGAUCCUGGCCGGUAGACGUCUUGCUGCUAUACUGUCGAAGAUGAUCGAGGACUUUGCUCUCAUGUGUACUCUCGACAGCAAGGAGAAUAAGGCAAGACAAAGAACUGUAUUGGCCGGUUACAAGGAAGCCUUUCCUGAUCGUUCGAAUGUGCCUUUUCUCUCGCCGUCGAAGUGUUAUGGUCCUACCCUGGGCCCACUAGACGGUGAACAGAAGCUUGAGGCGUACAACAGGUGCUGGAUGCUCACAAAGUACUUCAAGUACUGCCAGCAAUUGUCCAGCAAGGCCUUUGAGAACCGCUUCCCUGCAAAUGGAGACAUCAAAGGUACCACAGUCCCACCUGAUAUGAUACCGGGCUGGAUGAGGCCCAAGCCGAAGACUGCAGAUCCUAAAUCUACAGAGGCACAGGCUAUGCUCCGCGCUGAUAGUCUCUCGAAAAAGACCUUCAGUCUUUGCUAUUAUCCUCGUGCCGACAACCCUGACAGCAGGGAUGCUGUGGAGGAGCAUUUUGAACUGGCUGCGGCGGAUGGAGUUGAGGAGUUGAGCACUCUUCCACAAGACUUUCUGAUCGACCCUCGAUUAUACGAUUCGCUGCAGUGUCUGAGAGACCAAAUUCGUCGACAGCUACGCUGUCACAUCUUCCGCUUCGAUCUUGCGAGGGUUUCACUGAAGUACAAGCGGAAGGAGGAAGACGGCACCUUCCCCCAGUCGGCCGAUCUGAUGAACAGCGACUGGACUGAAAUCAAGCCCAUUCUUCAUGAUGAAGCCAACGAUGACUUCAUCUUCCAGGUCGGCUUCACAACACGAUCUUACGAAGGCACCGAGAAUAUCUUCGAGGAACCCUUCAACGUUCCAUCACAUCUCGUGGCCUACUGGUAG